UAGUUUUGCAGCCCAGUAGCGCGGGGCGAGAGGAGUCCAGCAGGCGGGAGCCACCGCGGUCUGGUCGCUUGCGUCCCUGGAUCCCCAAAGCCUGCGGUCCCGGGACCUCGACGCAGCGUGGAGCGAGGCACCCUCGGUACCCCUACGGCUGCCACGGCCGAACUGUUCGACAGGAGACCCAGGAGCCUUGGGAUAUGGUUUUGUUUCUUCGCUCGAGUCAUCUCACAUUACAGAAGCCCUCUUCUGCUUCUCCUCCGAAUAUCCACAUCGCCGGAAUACUACAGCCAUGGCCCUGGGACUUUUCCGGGUAUGUCUAGUGGUGGUGACAGCCAUCGUUAACCACCCCCUGCUGUUCCCCCGGGAGAAUGCCACAGUUCCAGAGAACGAGGAGGAGAUCCUCCGCAAGAUGCAGGAACACCAGGAGAAGCUGCAGCUGGAGCAGCUGCGUCUGGAGGAGGAGGUGGCGCGGCUGCUGGCCGAGAAGGAGGCCCUGAAGCAGGCCGAGGAGGAGGGCCAGCAGCAGCGCGAGGCCUACACUGCCUGGAACCUCUGGAGCACUCUCUGCAUGAUCCUUUUCCUGAUCAUCGAGAUAUGGCGGCAGGACUACCAGGACGCGCCCUUCCCAGAGUGCCCGGCUGGAGAUGAGGAUGAGCUGUCUGGACUGGGGGGCGCCCCACUGAAGGGCCUUCCCCUGCCCAAUAAGGCCACCCUGGACCACUUCUAUGAGCACUGUAUCCGAAGCGCCACAAGUGAUGCUGCCCGUACCAGGGAGUUUGUGGAAGGCUUCGUGGAUGACCUGCUGGAAGCUCUGAGGAGUGUCUACAGCCGGAGCACUGACACGGAGAUGGAGGACUUCAUCGGUGUGGGUAGCAUGUAUGAAAACUGGCAGGUGGAGAGACCGCUCCAGUGCCACCUGUAUGUGCCCUUCACACCCCCGGAGCCCUACAGCUUCCGCCCAGAGCUCUGGUGUUCCAGCCUCUCGGUGCCCCUGGAUCGGCAGGGAUAUGGCCAGAUCAAGGUGACCCUGGCCGAUGGGGACCCUCUAGGCUGUGCCUGCAGCAAGACUAAGCUCGGGGAAGAUAUGCUCUGUCUCCUCCACGGCAAGAGUGGCGGGGUACAGCCCAGCGGAGGUGGAGGUGAUGAGAUGAAGGACUUGCUGUGUUCCAGAGAGACCUCACAUCUGGACGCCAUGCAGGUCAUGAAGUGGUUCCAGGUGGCCCUCACCAGAGCCUGGCACCGCAUUGCCCACAAAUAUGAAUUUGACCUUGCCUUUGGCCAGCUAGACACCCCGGGGUCUCUCAGAAUCAAGUUCCGCUCGGGGAAGUUCAUGCCCUUCAUCCUGACUCCUGUGAUCCAGUGUAACGACUCCGACCUAUACUUUGUCCCACAGCUUCCCAAGGAGCCGCAUGGGGGACCUCCAGCCUCCAGCACCGACUGGUUCCUGUCAUUUGCUGUCUCCGAGCGACAGUUCCUCCGGAUGAUCGGGAAGGCUUUGCCGGAGGACACCUGCCACCUUAGCUGUCUGCAGAUCGCUUCCUUCCUGCUCUCCAAGCAGAGCCGCCUGUCAGGCCCCAGCGGGCUGCACAGCUACCACCUAAAGACGGUCCUGCUGCACCUUCUGCUGUCCCGGCAGGCCGCUGACUGGAAGGCCAGCCAGCUGGGUGUGCGUUUGCAGGAGCUCUUCCGCUUCCUGGAGAGAAGCCUCCAGGAGAAGAAGCUCCAUCACUUCUUUGUGGGCAACCACAAGGUGCCUGAGGCUAUGGGACUCCCAGAGGUCGUGCGGAGAGCUGAGCCUAUAAACCUCUUCCGGCCCUUCGUUCUGCAGCGGACUCUUUACCACAGCACAAUGGACUUCUUCUAUGAGAUGCUGAGGAAUGCCCCAACGCUCAUUAGGGAAUAUUCCCUCCAUGUCCCUUCAGACCGUGCUAGCCCACCACCAAAAGCUGUCGCCUUGUAGACCGUGAAAUGCGAGGGCCAGGGGGACAACAACAUCCCCUGUGUCUACCCUACCGGGGUUCUGUAGCCCCAUGCAGGAAACACGGUAGGCCUAGAGGGGAGAGCUGAAGUUCAGCGUGCUGGGAAGCCAGGUCCUGGAGAGUGAGGGAAACAGGAACUGCAACUGGACACUGGUUUGCCUGUCUGCCACGGGGGCUUGUUGGUGAAACGGUUGUUCAGGUUUGGGCACCGAUACUUGGCAGCUUAGUUUUCGAUCACCAUGAAUGAAUGACCCAGAUGCUGACGGAGCAGUCUCCCCGGCACUGAGUUAGAGAGAGGCAAGUGCUGAUUUGAAUGUAAUCCUUUUUGCAUCACAGUCCGUUCUGUGCUUCAGACGACAGGGCUUCUGCUAGGAUGCUGUUGGGGGUCCAAUUAAGACCCAACACUCUAUUCCGGGGUCUCUUGGCCCCGGUUGUAUGCAGCUGAAUCACGAAUGGGGACAGAUGUGGGAACUCACAGCCUUUGGACCACAUCGUAUACAAUAACAGAGGUCCCACGGUGGCCACCCUUUUUUAAAUACCUGGCAGAGGUCCAGGAGCCCUGUGGCUAAUGUCCCCAUUACACAGAAAUGGGUACUUGGUGGUGGAGAGUCUACAGCUGGCCAGGUUUUCAGCCACACAUCUUACUCAGGUGCACACCUUCUCCCUGUCCCUUUACCAUGUACCAGGUCCUGACCACCGAGGGUACCAAUUACCACAUUGGUUGCUGGCUCAGAAGCCCCUCCCAUCUCCAUCUCUGGUCUUCUUGGCCAGCAGUGUGGUAGAGGGGCACAGAUACCUGUGUCUGCCUUGCACUUUGGACCACUUUGGAGAAAGUUACAGGGCCCUGAAGCAAGGAUACUGACAGCUCUAAGCUAUCCUCAGGGUCCCGGUUACAGGGAGUAUAGGUUUAUAAGUCAGUCCUGGUUACAGGGAGUGUAGGUUUAUAAGUCAGUCCUGGUUACAGGGAGUGUAGGUUUAUAAGUCAGUCCUGGUUACAGGGAGUGUAGGCUUAUAAGUCAGUCCUGGUUACAGGGAGUGUAGGUUUAUAAGUCAGAGGUGCUAUGAGAACUCAGCUCUGGCCCGUGGACCCAAAGCAUCUCACAGGCCCUGGCUCCAAGUGGGCAUCACCCCUUGGUCUCUUCUGCACAGGCCUUGCUGACCUCAUGGAUGACCCAGACUGAAAGAACGUGAUGGAAGCUGGGCUCUCUGGGGAUCCAUGUGAUUCUUCAGGCACAGCCUGGAACUCUAAGGAGUGCUGUGGGCUCAGACAUGCACCAGAGCUUUAGGCUGGAGCUGGGCUCCUGUCCAGGCCUCUUCCAAAGGACCCAGCAGCCUCUUCUCUUAGCAACCUUUACAGUGGAUCAAAGAAGAAACACAAAUGAAGAACCAGGUGGCACCCGCUAGCCCUCCAGAAAUUAAGACGACAAGCCUUGCAGGGAACAAAACCAGGCUUCCCACAGCUCCACACAUGCCUCCUGCAGCCUCAGAGGGCUCCAGAAGAUGGACCAGUUAGCCACCAAGCCUAAUCAAUGGUGGAGAGGGCCUACUGCAUGCGGAGUAACCAGAGACAAUAGGAUGCCUGAGUAUAAGCAGGAGUCAGAGUGAACAUAGGUGGUCCGCCCCUCCACAGCUUCAUGGGGGGCCCUGUAAACAAGCCUCCUCAAAGUGUGGCUCUGCCCGCAGCCCUGAGCCACCCUGUCCAGGUACCUCUCAGAGUCAGGACAGACGUCCUUAUUUAUUGUCAUCUGUGCCUUAUCCCUGUUCAUUCAGAUCCCGUGGUGCAUCGAAGAAAGCCCAGCAACCAAGAACCAGCUUUCAGAAGCCAAGACCACACCCCUCCUGGGACUCCCCUUUCACUUCUGGGAGAAGGGUCACAGGAUGAACACCUGGCUUCUUGUUUGCUGGGGCACUUGGCUGGAAGAGGCGCCUGUCGUGUAACAGGGCUGCUUCUGAAGCAGCAGGCUCUUGGGGUUUCGUGCUGCCUUAUUUAUAUUAAAGGAAGAAUUAAGUUCUCGUAA